CGUGUGCUUGCAGGCGCAGCUCGACAUGGAUGCAGGGGAGGAGGAUCCCAUGCAAGGCUUGCAAAAGGCUGCCGUUUGCUCCAUCUGCUUGGAGUAUUUCCAAGACCCGGUGUCCAUAGACUGCGGGCACAACUUCUGCCUGGCCUGCAUCAGCCAGUGCUGCGAGGACGCCAGGACCCGCUUCUCCUGCCCUCACUGCCGCAGGAGGUCUUGCAGGAAAGAUUUCAGGCCUAACCGGGAACUGGCGGAGAUGGUGGAGAUUGCCAAGCGGUUCAAGAGCCAGAUGGAAGAAGCGCCGGGAGGGAUGAUGGGCAGGUGCGAGAAGCACCGGGAACCUCUGAAACUCUUCUGCCAAGAUGACCAGAGCCUGAUCUGCGUGGUCUGCGAUAGAUCCAGGGAGCACAGAGCUCAUGCAGUGCUCCCUGUCAAGGAGGCUGCCCUGGACUAUAAGGAACAAAUUCAGACUCAAUCACAGAGUCUUAAGCAAGAGAGAGAGAACCUGGAGGAGCUUAAACAGGCCGGUAAGAGGACAACUGAAGAAAAUCUGGAAAAGUUGGGUGCUGAAAGAAGGAGAGUAGCAUCUGCAUUUGAGCUGUUGCAUCAAUUUCUUGAAGAACUGGAACAGCCCAUUCUGGAUCAACUGAAUGAGCUAGAGCUGGAGAUUAAGAAUGGGCAGGAGGAAAAUGUUGCCAAAUUCUCUAAGGCAGUUUCUGUCCUUGAGGACCUGAUCAAUGAGAUGGAGGAGAAAUGUAGGCAGCCGGAUAAUGAAUUCCUGCAGAAUGUCAAGGACACUUUGAGCAGGUCUAAGAAGAGACCAUUUCAUUUGCCUUUGGAGGAUAUUUCUCCAGACCAAAGAGAGAAGCUCAGUGCAUUUGCUCAGAAAAACAUUUCCCUAGUAGAAACCCUGAAAAGAGUCAAAGAGUCUUUAUUACUUGAACUCCAAGAGAAAGAAGACGAUAAGAAGUCUUUAGAAAUAGCCAGUGUGACCCUGGAUCCGAGCACAGCAGGCCCGUCCCUCAUCCUUUCUGAGGAUGGGAAAAGUGUGUGGUUGGGAGACACCCGUCAGAAAUGUGCCAGCUCUCGGAACCAGCUUAACGUGUACCCCUGUGUGCUGGGCUGCGAAGGGUUUGCCUCGGGGAAGCACUCCUGGGUGGUUGAGGUGGAGGCAGGUGGAAGUUGGGCUGUGGGUGUAGCCCGAGUGUCUGUGAAAAGGAAGAGGAAACUCAAUUUCCGGCCUGGACAUGGGGUCUGGGCUUUGGAGCAUUUGGGAGCCAAUCAUUACAGAGCUUUGACAUCCCCUCCAACCUCGCUGCCCCUAAGAAAGGCCUACAAAAGAAUCCAAGUGCAUCUAGACUACGAAGCAGGUCAGGUGACCUUUUUUGAUGCAGAGAACGAAGACUUGAUCUUCACCUUUCCAUCCAGCCACUUUGCAGGGGAAAUAAUUCAUCCCUGGAUGUGGGUAGGGCUCCGAUCCCGGCUCAGACUGUGUCCCUAACUUUACAUGCACUUUGGAGUAGUGGAAGUUGAUGUUGUUUGGCCUACGAGUGGAGAAAAAGCAUCCUGUGCUCAUUCACUUCCUGCCCCCCACCAAAUGUAUUGCAAAUCUGUAUGUUUCCAGGCAUCUAUAAGACACUGGUGAGAGACUCCAGUUUCAAUGUGAACACUGCUAGAAAAAUUGCGCAAGAAUUUACUGCCAACUAGAUCUGUAGGCCAUCUGAAAAGCUAUAAAAUUAUUGGAAGUUUCUGUUAUGCGUAGAAUAGGAUAAUGUAGCCACACAGGAAGGGAACAAGGUGGUGACGGGUGUGGGGUUUUUUGUGUGGAUUAUACUACACAUUCCCAUGUAUUCUGGGCCAGCCUUUGCCAGCAUGAAACCCUCAAUAUAUCAGCUGCCUGGGGCUUAUGGGAAUUGUAGUCCAAAGCGUAUGGAGGGAGCCAGCUUGAUGAAGGCUGCUUGCUAUACUUAGUACUGCUAGCUUGGCUGGGAACAGUGGACUUCUUGCAACUAGCCUGCACCAGAGGAGCAGCAUUCAUAUUUAAUGCAGCCCCAGACUAAAGUAUGAUCUUCUUGCUGUUAAAAAUAGUGCAUACAAAAUUUGGGCGAGAGCAAAUGGGAAAGGGGCAGCACCACAUCCCAUCUAGGAAAUAAAUUACUAGAUGUAACCUACUGAGCCAUGAGGGUGAAAUAGCUCACUAAGGUCCUUCAUAGUGGCCUGUACUCCCAGUUUGCUUCUGCGAAGAGUUUAAACCUCAGCUGUAAUGCAGUGACAGUAACGUAGCAUUGACCUUCUGAAAGAUGUUCUGUUUGGCUGGAUUUAGCACGUUAAGGGUGAUUUGUAGGGUUCUUCACAAUUGAGGUGUUUGAGGACAAUGAAAGCAGGGCAGCCGGGUAGGGUUUCUGCAACCAAAUCUUUACCGCGUCCUGUUAAAGUGAAUUAACAAUUCAUAACCAAAAAUAAAUGGUUAUAACGUU